UCUCUGCGAGUCAAGAUCGAUGCGCCAGUUAUGAAUGUCGCAAUGGAGGCACAUGUAUCUCUGUGGAUGAGACUCCUAGUUGUAACUGUUUACCUGGAUAUUUUGGGGCCCAGUGUGAGUAUAACAGUGACCCGUGUUAUAACUAUCGCUGCUUAAAUAAAGGCGAGUGUAUUGCCCCAUCCGGCACACCUCGUUGCAUAUGUCCACCGGGAUUCAGUGGACUUAGAUGUGAGACCCAAGCCAAUGGACAAUGUCCGGAAUUAAGUUCUCAACCAGCUGAUGUCUGCAGUGGCUUCAACUGUACCACCAACCUCAACUGCGUAGCCCGUCAGAUAUGCUGUGCAAGCACCUGUGGUUCCAGAAUGUGCAUGGCCCCUGAUACAAAUGUUACUCAGCUGACUUGUCCCGGAGGAUGCCCACCUGGCUAUAAAUGUGAGUAUCAACCUAAAUAUUGCCCUCUGGGACGUACGUGUACAUCUGAAAUGGUACCUACCUGUGUUGAGCCUAAUGAUAACUGUGGAGGCUGUCCAGAUGGUCAGUUUUGUAAGGACCUUGGAACACUUUGCACCAAGCUGCCCUGCCAAAAGUAUCAGUGCGUCACAAUGGACGCUUGCGGUGGCUGUCCCAGGGGUCAGAAAUGUGACAAGGCGUAUCCACCUUGUGCUCGACCACCGCCUUGCAAUGAAACAGGAGGUACGUGUGAGGAGCAAGAGUGCAAGCUCAUUGACGCCUGUGUCCCUGAUCUUCCCGAACAAACGCCAAAAAAUGCCUGUGUUAAGUGUCAAGCUGGACAGGUGUGUAAACCAACUAAAAUAGUUUGCAUCAAUGAGCCGUGUCCUUCAUAUGAAUGUGUACCAAACACUGCGUUUAGUCCCCCGAUGGAGUGCAACCAGACCUGUGGGAGUAACUACGUUUGCCUCUUUAAAGUGCCUGAUUGCCCCACAUACAUGAGCUGUAGUACCACUCCUGUUGCCCAGUGCGUCCCAAGAAACAAUCUUUUGGGCUUAUGCCCAAGAAUCGUGUCUCAAGAAUGGACCAAGUCUUGCCUGGUAGACAAUUACAGGCCCCAAUGCUUCAAUGACAUGGCGUGUAACAGAAGCCGACAAAGGUGUUGCCCUGCCCAGUGUGGACGAAGCGAGUGCACUGAUGUCCCAUUGGCUGACAAUACACCUGACACGCCAGACAGAACACGUUAACUAGCUUGACAACACCUGACACGCCAGACAGAACACGUUAACUAGCUUGACAACACCUGACACGCCAGACAGAACACGUUAACUAGCUUGACAACACCUGACACGCCAGACAGAACACGUUAACUAGCUUGACAACACCUGACACGCCAGACAGAACACGUUAACUAGCUUGACAACACCUGACAGGAGAGAACACAUUCAAAAUGAGAAAACACCUGACAAUCGUACACACAAUUUUUAAAAUAUUAAGAACACAUCUGACACACCAUACAGAACAUUUGAUGAUACACAGAGCAAUGGAUACGUCAAUACAUUCUCAAACUGUACACUUAAACAGAUGAAAACAUCAAAACUGUACACUUUAACAGAUGAAAACAUCAAAACUGUACACUUUAACAGAUGAAAACAUCAAAACUGUA